AUGAUGCUAGCAGCGGCAGCAGCAGCAGCUGCAUCAGCAGUCACAUCCAACAGUUGCAACAGCAUAAGCAAUGAUCCCAGUUAUAGUAUUAGCAAAAUCGGAACCACAUCGAUCAACAGCAGCAGCAGCACCAGCAACAACAGCAACGGGCACAUGGUUGACAUAGCGACCGCAUCGCCACCGGCAUCCUCUUCGUCGUCCUGCUCGCUGCUCGGCAACGCUCCCAAUCCGCCAACUGUAUCACCAUCGGCCGGCGUGAGCUUUGACGAGAAGCAGCUGGCCGUGGAGCCUACCAGCGCUGCGCCACAGCCGGCCGCAUCCAGCACAAACCUAACUGUGAGUAACGGGGUGGUACCGAGCGUACCAUCAUCAUCACUGCGAUCGGUCAGCACCACGGAACAAAGCGUGAUGGUGGUGGCCGCCGCGUCGAUGGGUUCGAAAAUCACCACCACAGCAGGUGCACCUUCUGCUGGUGCUGUCAUAGGGGGUAUGAUUGGAGGAAAGCAGCAUCAACAACAAUCGCAGCAGACUCGCCACGUGAAGCUGAACGUUGCACAGCAAUCCCUACCGGGUGGAGGAAAGUCAGCUGCUGGGACGGAUUCUGGGGCGUGCUCGCGUAAAGCGAGUGGUGGGUCUGCUGGUACGAGUCGCACGCCGCUCGGUGGUGGUGGUGGUAGUCAGAGCGAUCCAGCACAGCAACGCGUUACACCAGCAGCGCAUAAUGUAACGCCAAUGCCCACCAGUAACAUGGCCGUAACGCCUGGAAUCACAAACGGAACAAACAGUACGACGGCAGGCAAUACUGCUACCACUACAACCACCACUACUACUGCUACUACUACCACUACCGGUGUGUAUUACUUAUCAGCACAGCAGCAACGUCCAGCGAAACCUCCUGCAUCCUCUUCAUCAGAACACCGUCAGCCGCAAUCGCAAGAGCCGCAACCGCCCCAGCGAUCUGCGAAGCAGCCGGUGGCAGAACAAUCGUCCGAAAAGCCUGCCACGGACCGGAUCAAACCACAACAGCCGGCACCGGUAAAGCCACAGCAGCAGCAAACGAAGCAACCGAAGCAGCAUCAGCCCAACAAACAGCAGCAAAAGCAACCACAGAAACAGAUACCAGCAAAGCCGCAUCUGUAUCACCACAACGCUGCCGUUGCAGCGCACAGCCAGCAACAGACGGCAGCAGCAGCAGCCGCAGCAGCCGCCACCGUGGCCACACUGUUGGCGCAACAGCAGCAGCAGCAGCAGCAGCAGCAACACUAUCAACAAACGCCCACCGUUGCUGUCGCUUCCCAGCAGGCGCUCGGUCAGCUGUCUACCGCACCGGCGACGAUGCCUGCUGCCGCCGGUCUCGCUCACCACCACUCGCAUGCGCACCUCUACACGCACGCCCAGCAACAGCAGCAGCAACAACAACAUUCCGUGGUUCCGUUAGCACCCAGCACCGGUUACGGGCUAACCGCUGGCCAGCUACAACACACGCGACAGCAGCAGCAGCAGCAGCAGCAGCAGUAUUUGCAACAACGUCAGCAACAGCCCCACACGGCCGGUGCAGCACAGCUCACACUGCCGCUGCCAACACCGACCGGCGCGGGUGCGUUGCAGGGCUCGAUCCUGCCCACCCUGCACCAUCCGGCCCAGCAGCAACCACCACCACCAUCGCAACACCAUCUGCCCCAUCUGCACCAUUUGCACAAGCAGCUCCCAUCCUCGGCACAGCCACCACACGCCCCGGCACCGACGGCACCGCAACCGGGCCCGCCGCCGCCCCAAUCACAGCAGCUACCCGCCGCCCCUACCACGGUCGCGACGGUGGCUGUGAAUGCGCCUAACGCCGCCACCCAUCAGCCGCAGCAAAGCAUCAACCUGAACGUGAACCAUCACGUCAUCUCGACGCCGAUCGUGGUCGACUUCUCGAACAUGACCGUCAACUGUGUGCAGCUGCAGGAAGCGGCACAGCAUCCGAAUCCGAUCGCUGCGGCAGCCGCCGCAAUGGCGGCCGGGUACGGUGCGGCGGCUGCUGCCGCUGCUUCCGUGCCGGCCGCAAUCGGGGCCGCCCGGGGCCCGGGUGGUGGUGGUGGUGGUGCCAAGUGA